CCCAAGCUCCCACUCCACCAGCGGCCGCACCUGCUCCAGCCAUGAUGAGCUUCAGCGGCGCCGACGCGCUGCUGGGAACCCCGUUCGCGUCGCUGCACGGAGGUGGCAGCCUGCACUACGCGCUGGCUCGAAAGGGCGGCGCGGGCGGAGCGCGCUCGGCUGCCGGCUCGUCAAGUGGUUUCCACUCAUGGACGCGGACCACGGUGAGCUCCGCGUCGGCCUCGCCGAGCCGUUUCCGCGGCGCGGCAGUCGCCUCCAGCACCGACUCUCUAGACACGCUGAGCAACGGGCCGGAGGGCACCAUGGUGGCCGCGGUGGCAGCGCGCAGCGAGAAGGAGCAGCUGCAGGUGCUGAACGACCGCUUCGCGGGCUACAUCGACAAGGUGCGGCAGCUGGAGGCUCACAACCGCAGCCUGGAGGGCGAGGCAGCGGCGCUGCGGCAACAGCAGGCGGGCCGCGCUGCCAUGGGCGAGCUGUACGAGCGCGAGGUGCGCGAGAUGCGCGGCGUCGUGCUGCGUCUGGGCGCAGCGCGCGGCCAGCUGCGCUUGGAGCAGGAGCACCUGCUCGAGGACAUCGCGCACGUGCGCCAGCGCCUGGAUGACGAGGCCCGGCAGCGCGAGGAGGCAGAGGCGGCUGCGCGCGCGCUCGCGCGCUUUGCGCAGGAGGCCGAGGCAGCGCGCGCGGAGCUGCAGAAGAAAGCGCAAGCCCUUCAGGAGGAGUGCGGGUACUUGCGGCGCCACCACCAGGAAGAGGUGGGGGAGCUGCUCAGUCAGAUCCAGGGCUGCAGUGCCGCUCAGGCACAGGCACAGGCCGACUCGCGGGACGCCCUCAAGUGCGACGUGACGUCGGCGCUGCGCGAGAUCCGUGCGCAGCUCGAGGGCCACGCGGUGCAAAGCACGUUGCAGUCCGAGGAGUGGUUCCGAGUGAGGCUGGACCGACUGUCCGAGGCAGCCAAGGUGAACACAGACGCCAUGCGCUCAGCGCAGGAGGAGAUCACUGAGUACCGGCGCCAGCUGCAGGCCAGGACCACAGAGCUGGAGGCGCUCAAAAGCACCAAGGACUCGCUGGAGAGGCAGCGCUCUGAGCUGGAGGACCGUCAUCAGGCUGACCUCGCAUCCUACCAGGAAGCUAUCCAGCAGUUGGAUGCUGAGCUGAGGAACACCAAGUGGGAGAUGGCGGCCCAGCUCCGAGAGUACCAGGACUUGCUCAAUGUCAAGAUGGCUCUGGACAUUGAGAUUGCUGCUUACAGAAAACUCCUGGAGGGUGAAGAGUGUCGGAUUGGCUUUGGCCCAAGUCCCUUUUCCCUUCCAGAAGGACUCCCCAAGAUCCCUUCCACAUCCACUCACAUAAAGGUCAAAAGUGAAGAGAAGAUCAAGGUGGUAGAAAAGUCAGAGAAGGAAACUGUGAUUGUGGAGGAACAGACAGAGGAGAUACAAGUGACCGAAGAAGUGACUGAAGAAGAGGAGAAGGAGGCCAAAGAAGAGGAGGCUGAGGAGGAAGAAGGGGGAGAAGAAGAGGAAGCAGAAGGGGAAGAAGAAGCAGCAAAGUCUCCCCCAGCAGAAGACGCUACGUCCCCAGAGAAGGAGGCCAAGUCCCCAGAGAAGGAAGAAGCCAAGUCCCCAACCAAGGCCAAGUCCCCCAUGAAAGAAGCAAAAUCUCCAGCUGAGGUGAAGUCCCCCGAGAAGACCAAGUCCCCAGUUAAGGAAGAAGCAAAAUCGCCGGCUGAGGUCAAGUCCCCUGAAAAGGCCAAGUCCCCAGUGAAGGAAGAAGCCAAGUCCCCAGAGGAGGUCAAAUCCCCAGAGAAAGCCAAGUCCCCAGCCAAGGAAGAAGCAAAAUCACCAGCUGAGGUCACGUCCCCUGAAAAGGCCAAGUCCCCGGUGAAGGAAGAGGCCAAGUCCCCUGAGAAGGCCAAGACUCUUGAUGUGAAGUCCCCAGAAGCCAAGACCCCAGUGAAGGAGGAAGUAAGGUCCCCUGCAGACAUCAAGUCACCUGAAAAGGCCAAAAGCCCUAGCAAGGAGGAGGCCAAGUCUCCCGUGAAGGACGAGGCCAAGGCCCCCAAGAAGGAGGUCUCAAAAAAGGAAGAGGUGAGGUCCCCCACGAAGGAAGAAGAGAAACCCCAGGAGGUGAAAGUCAAAGAGCCCCCAAAGAAAGCAGAGGAAGAGAAAGCUCCAGCCAUGCCAAAAACUGAGGAGAAGAAGGACAGCAAGAAAGACGAGGUGCCCAAGAAGGAGACUCCAAAGCCCGAGGUCCAGGAGAAGAAGGAGCCUGCCGUGGAGAAGCCCAAGGAGCCCAAAGUUGAAGCCAAGAAGGAAGAGGCAGAAGAUAAGAAAAAAGCAGUGACUCCAGAGAAGGAGGCUCCUGCCAAGGAGAAGGAUGAGGCCAAACCCAAAGAGAAGACUGAGGUGGACAAGAAAGACGACGCCAAGGCCAAAGAACCCAGCAAAGCAGCAGAGAAGGAGCCGGAAAAGCCAAAGAAGGAAGAGAUGCCAGCAGCACCUGAGAAAAAAGAUGCCAAGGAGGAGAAAGCCACAGAGGCCAAGAAGCCCGAGGAGAAACCCAAAGCGGAGGCCCAAGCCAAGGAAGAGCCCAGCAAGGAGGCCCCCGCACCCGGCAAAGCCCAGACGGAAAAGGCUGAGAAGUCCUCUAGCACAGACCAGAAGGACAGCCGGCCUCCAGAGAAGGCUGCAGAAGACAAGGCCCCCAAGGGGGAGAAGUAAGGUAGGGAGCAAGGAGCAUCUAGAACAGCCAAAGAAACUCAGGAGGGUCUGGGAGCUCAAGGGU